AUGUCGUCGUGGAAGAUCGGAAAGAGUGCGUGCUUGGUUCCAAGCUGUCGUUGACUGUGAAGCUUCGUGUGUCAGGUGGUGCAAGUGGAUGGCGUCGGCUGGGAACGGUCCGUCCAUGUCCGGCGUCAGCUGGAUCUACUCCGCAUCUCAUCCGUCAUCUGUCGUGUUCCAUCCCGCCCGGCCCACCUACCCCCUACCGGCGCGUGUGCGCACUCUUUGGCGAUAAGAACUGACCGUCCAUUGAUCUGUCGCUCCUCGUAGAACUCAAGGAAGCUGCUCGAGGCGCAACGUCGUCUUCGUCGGCCUCAGCGAGCUCAGCGCCCGCCGUCGCCGUCGCCGCAGCACCGCCACAACCGGCCUCAGCAGCACCGCCAUCGUCAUCGAGCCGUGUCCCCGCAUCGUCAGGUGCUGCCUCAUCCAUCGCGAACCCUUCGCCCUCGACCUCGACCUCGACCUCGGGUCCACCCAUCUCCCGUUCGGGUGUCUUGACCAUCCGCGUCGUCGAGGCGAGGCAUCUGGUCUUGCCCCAGGACGGACAGUUGCCGAGCGGCAUCCAGAACGCCGUCGACGAGUACAAGUCGUCCUUGUCGAGGAACCGAGAUAGCGCCCAGAGGAAACAGACAUGGUGGCUGCCGUGAGUGGAACCCAAAACGGCUCAGGCGUUGGGCUUCGUGCCGCUGACCGGGUUUCGGACAACAGAUACGUUGUACUCGAAUUCGACAAGAACGAAGUCUUGGUCGACGCGAUGGGAGGUGAACUCACCGCUCCCGUAUGGAUGUUCCGGGGCCAAUUGUACGUGGACAAGCGAAGCGAGGUGUCGCUCAAAGUAUCGCUUACCCAUGCGUACACACGCUCCGUCUCUCAACAGCGAUGUGUCCCGCGUCUCCGACGUCACCAUUUCCGCCUACCUACGAACAGCACCGGUCGCUGCAGGCGGCAACAGGAAUGACAUGGGAAACGAUCUCUUCCUCGGUGGCAUCAAGUGAGUCUUUUACGAGGGGUCGAGAUCGGAAUCAAGCCGCAAGAUCUGAUCGCGCCGCUUUGUCCCCUAGCUUUACGCCCGUCUUUGAUCCCAACCAAGCUUCGGACCAAUGGUACGCCGCUUCGUCGGGCGCCGGCGAGUUUCACAUCCAGGUCGCUUUCAAGCCGGGAACGAACGAGGCCAUGUCGAUCGAUGCCUUUGACUUACUCAAAGUUAUCGGCAAGGGCUCCUUUGGCAAAGUCAUGCAAGUGCGCAAGAAGGACACGGGCCGUAUCUACGCCCUCAAGACCCUGCGCAAAGCCCACAUCGUCUCGCGAUCCGAGGUGACACAUACCCUUGCCGAGCGCACCGUCCUGGCCCAGGUCAACAACCCGUUUAUCGUACCCCUCAAGUUCAGUUUUCAAAACGCCGAGAAGCUCUACCUCGUCCUUGCUUUUGUCAAUGGUGGCGAGCUGUUCCAUCACUUGCAGCGGGAAGGUCGCUUUAGCGAGGAACGAUCACGUUUUUAUGCCGCCGAACUCUUGUGUGCGCUCGAGCACUUGCAUUCCUUCAACGUCAUCUAUCGGUGAGUUCAUGAACCCACUAGGAAAGCUUUCCUUGACGCGUUUUUGCACCGUUCUGAUUGGUUCGCCAUACCGCAGAGAUUUGAAACCGGAGAACAUCCUGAUCGACUACGUCGGCCACAUCGCCUUGUGCGACUUCGGUCUCUGCAAGCUCAACAUGGGUAAUUCUGAAACGACCAACAGUGAGUACUGAUUCUUGCAUUAAGGGGGAGGAGGGGGGGGAGGGUAGCGGUUCCUUGCGCGCCUACCGUGACUGAUACUAUACGAUUUGACUUUGGCAGCUUUCUGUGGUACGCCCGAGUACCUUGCACCCGAGCUUUUGCUGGGUCAUGGAUAUCAGAAGACCGUCGAUUGGUGGACGCUCGGUGAGUUACACCAGACUGGGCCCCUGUUGAAAGCCCGUCCUGAUACGAAUGGUCGCGCCGGAUCAGGUACAUUGCUUGCCGAGAUGUUGCAGGGCUUGCCGCCAUACUACUCGGAGAACACGAACGAGAUGUAUCAAAAGGUGAGGCCGUGGUCCUAAUAAGACGUAUCAGGGAAUCUGGUCAUUGACAGCCAUUUCAUAUUUGUUCCAUCACAGAUCCUAACCGACCCCCUCAAGCUCACCGACGACGUCUCCCCCGAUGCCAAAUCCCUCAUUCAAGGCCUUUUAACCCGCGACCCUGCCCAGCGUCUCGGCUCUAACGGUGCAGAGGAGAUCAAACGUCAUCCCUUCUUCAGCAAGCAUAUCGACUUCGAUCUGUUGAUGGCGAAGAAGAUCCAGCCGCCUUUCAAGCCUAGUGUCGCUAGUGCGGCGGAUACGUCCAACGUAAGUUUCUUUUCUGCGACAUGACAUCGCAGUCGGACCGGAUUGGACUCAUCGACUGAUCGCACUCUUUGCUUUUGGGGCUCGAACAGUUUGACGCCGAGUUCACGUCCGAAGCACCCCUGGAUUCGGUCGUCGAGGACUCGCACCUUAGUGAGAGUGUACAAGCCAACUUCACGGGAUUCACGUACGUCAUUCUAGCGCUCAUGUUGUGACAUUCGACCCUGUGGUCUCACUGACGGAGGGGCUUGUUGAUCUGGCGUCAAAACAGAUAUGUGCAACCUGCCGGUGCGUUCGGCGAAUCGGUGAGGUAA